AUGUAUUUUUUUAUUAAAAAAGUCUUCUAUCAAGACUUAAUAGAUCUACGAAGCAGCACAUUUUCAAGAAUGGAAACCAGUAAAAUAAUAUGUUUCUUCGCAAUAUUAUCCCAAGCAGCGGCUUUGCUGACGUCACCGCCGCGGAUCGUCAAGCAGCCGACGGUGGAGGAGUUGCUGUUCCAAGUGGCGCAGCCCGGUGAGGUGGACAAGCCUUUCAUUAUAGAAUGCGAGGCGGAAGGCGAGCCGGCGCCCAAGUACAGGUGGAUCAAGAACGGCAAGCCCUUCGAAUACACGAGCUACGAUAAUCGAAUCUCACAGCAACCAGGUCGCGGUACUCUAGUGGUUAGCAAGCCGCGCGACGAGGAUCUCGGCCAGUACCAAUGUUUCGCAUACAACGAAUGGGGAACAGCCACCUCGAAUUCGGUCUUUGUACGAAAAGCGGAGUUGAACUCCUUCAAAGAGACCGAUGGCUCCCAAGUAGCGAUUACGGCGCAGGAGGGAGAACCUUUCAAACUCACCUGCUCCCCGCCCGACGGCCACCCGAGCCCUAACGUGUACUGGAUGUUACAAGGCGAACAGGGACAACUCAAGACGAUAAACAAUUCCCGCAUGACAUUGGACCCUGAGGGCAACCUCUGGUUCUCGAACGUAACUCGAUUCGACGCAAGUGUCGACUACGCGUACACUUGUGCAGCCAAAUCGGUAUUCCGAAACGAAUAUAAACUAGGCAAUAAAGUGUAUUUGAUGGUACAACAGACCGGAUCUUCUGCCGCUUUAAAUAAGCACGCGCCAACGAAACAAUAUACGUCGAGGAGGGUUGAGAAAGCAUGGAGAGGCAAGAAAGUGGAGCUGUACUGUAUUUAUGGCGGGACGCCGUUGCCUCAAGUGGUGUGGUUGAAGGACGGAUCGCCGAUAAUAUCCUCGCAGCGGGUCACGCAAGACAACUAUGGGAAGACGUUGGUGAUAAAGCGCACUGGGUACGAGGACCAAGGAACUUACACUUGUGAAGUCAGUAAUGGUGUGGGCACUGCUGAAUCGUAUUCUAUACAGUUGAAUGUUGAAGCUGCACCAUUCUUCAUCGAGGAGCCUCAGUACCAGAACCUAGCGGAAGGUGAAACGGCUGUCAUAGUAUGCAAGGCGGGUGGUACUCCCGAGCCGCAGAUAUCGUGGGUACACAACGGCAAGCCUAUAGACCAAGCGGAGUUUAACCCACGACGCCAAGUUUCGCCUAACUCCAUUGUCAUCACCGAGCUGGUAAAGAAGGAUACAGGAAAUUAUGGCUGUAACGCGACCAAUUCUAAUGGAUAUGUGUACAAGGACGUGUAUAUUAAUGUGCAAUCCAUACCGCCAGAAAUUAAGGAAGGGCCAGAAAAUUUGACUAAAGUUGACGGGUCCGAGGCUGUGCUGAAGUGUCGAGUGUUCGGCGCGCCCAAACCUAUCGUAAGGUGGAUGAGGGACGACGUGGAUGUUACAGGUGGCAAAUACAACAUAACAUCUGAAGGCGACUUAGUUAUUCGCGAUGUUUCUUACACGGAUGUGGGCACUUACCAGUGUUAUGCUAAGAACAAAUUUGGUGAGAAAUCUGCUUUUGGAUCUCUUACUGUUAAAAAGCGCACAGUGAUAACGGACAAGCCGGAGCACUAUGAAGUCGCAGCGGGUGCGUCCGCAACGUUCCGCUGCAACGCCAACGCUGACGACUCACUUCACUUGGAGAUCAUCUGGCUCAACGACGGCCAGCCCAUCGACUUCGACAGCCAGCCGCGCUUCCGCAUGACCAACGACUACUCGCUGCUCAUAUCCGACACCACCGAGCUGGACUCGGGCGAGUACACCUGUAUCGCAAGGACGGCCAUCGACGAGGCUCGGGCACAAGCAACUCUCACUGUGCAAGACAAGCCCAACCCGCCGGCGCUGGACGGCAUCGAGUGCCACGAGCGCGUGGCGACGCUGCGCUGGCACUCCAUGGGCGACAACCGCGCGCCGGUGCUGCGCUUCUCCAUACAGUACAACACCUCCUUCACGCCCGACGCCUGGGACCUGGCCAGCGACGCCGUGCCCGCCAUCGACACCUCCUGGGCGGUGGAGCUCAGCCCCUGGGCCAACUACACCUUCAGGGUUAUCGCGUGGAACAAAAUAGGCCCAUCGGCCCCCUCGUCCCACUCGGACGUGUGCACCACGCAGCCCGACGUGCCCUACAAGAACCCCGAUAACGUCGAGGGCAAGGGACGAGAUCCUAAGAAUAUGGUCAUAUCUUGGUCGAAAAUGCCACAAAUCGAGCACAACGGGCCGGGCUUCUACUACUCGGUGUCGUGGCGGCGCAACAUCUCGGGCCACCGCUGGAGCGACGCGCAGGUGCUGGACUGGCGGCAGACGGAGUACGUGGUGCCCGACACGCCCACGUUCCAGCCCUACAAGAUUAAGGUUAUCGCCGUAAACUCCAAAGGUACUUCAAACGUAGCACCAGUAGAAGUGAUCGGAUGGUCUGGUGAAGAUAUACCCCUCCAAGCGCCCAUGAACUUCACCCUCGUGCAAGUGACCACAGGCACUACUGCCCUACUUAGCUGGAACCCGGUACCACCUGAAUCAGUCCGAGGACACUUUAAAGGAUACAAGAUACAAACAUGGAUCGAUGGCGAAGAGGACAGGCCUAAGGAAAUCCUAGUUAAAGCAGACGCGUCUAGUGCCUUAGUUUCUAAAUUCAAGCCGUUCAGGAAAAACAAUGCACGAAUUCUAGUAUACAACGGAAGGUACAAUGGACCACCAAGCGAAAGCCUCAGUUUUGUUACACCGGAAGGCAAACCUGGAACUGUCAGAUCUUUCGAAGCGCAUCCAAUCGGUUCCUCAGCUAUGCUACUAAAAUGGGAUAAACCAUUAGAUGAAAAUGGUAUCCUCACAGGCUAUAAGAUAUACUACCAAAAAGUCACCGGCACCGCCUUGGGUCCUUUGCAAGAGAGGAAAAAGGAAAUCGAUCCUAAAUUCGACCGCGCAAAGUUGGCAGGACUGGAGCCUAACACUAAGUAUAGAAUUGAAAUACGCGCGAAAACCAAAGCAGGAGAAGGAGAUAAGUAUUAUGUUGAGCAAACGACCAAAGCGAUGGUGAACGCGGUUCCUGAUAUACCAGUUUUUGAGACCAGCACAUUGCCGGCUAAAGAGGGAACUGCUCAUAUAUUGGUCCGGUGGAUACCAUCCUUUGAUGGUCACUCUGGCAGCCAUUUUGUAGCUUGGUACAGGUUAAAGGGGCAUCCUGAGUGGUUACAAAGUAAUGAAGUAACGGAAGACGAUUACGUGAUUCUAACGGGACUGGAACCGGGGCAAGAGUAUGAGGUGAAAGUAACAGCUCACGAUGGAGAGUACUUUAGCACUAGUGAAGUUAAACUGGUCGAUACUAAUAUUGAUCCGCGCGUGCGUCCGCGCGAGGAGGCGACGGCCACUGCCGGCUGGUUCAUCGGCGUGAUGGUGGCGCUGGCGUUCCUGCUGCUGGUGCUGGUGCUGGUGUGCGUGGCGCGCCGCAACCGCGGUGGCAAGUACGACGUGCACGACCGCGAGCUGGCGCACGGCCGCGCCGACUGCCCCGACGCGGCCUUCCACGAGUACACUCACCCAUUGGACAACAAAUCGCGGCAUUCCAUGAGCAGCGGUACUAAACCAGGCCCAGAGAGCGAUACCGACUCUAUGGCUGAAUAUGGCGAGGGAGAAACAGCGGGCAUGAACGAGGACGGGUCGUUCAUCGGGCAGUACGGGCGCAAGCGGCGCCCCCCCGCCUCCGGUCAGCCCGACUCCGCCUCGCAAGCGUUCGCUACGCUCGUU